UUGUAGUAGUCAUCUCGAGAUUUAGUCACCGUUACUCGAUCGGCGUCUUGUGGAAGCACUCUCAAACAAUACCCUACAUGAUACGUGCGAGCAUCUCAGCUUGCGGUUGUCCUUGCCAAUUUAGCCGUCAUUGACUCGCACCUUUGGUUUCCACCAUUACCCGCACCUGCCAUCCUAUCACGCACACACCGAGAUACCCUUGAAACCGGUCACCUUUACAGCCAAAGAUUAAAAUACGCGGCAGCCUGUUGUCAAUUAAGACAGGCUCCGAAAUCUUGGGUUUCUGCCCACUCGCUCUAAUCACAUCCAAGAUCUCUGAUCCAAAUCUUUCACCGUGUCGCGACUCGGCGAAGACCUGGUCGCGGGCCUCGAAGGCUUGGAUCUCCAGACCGAAGACGACUACACACAGCAAGAGGGAGAGCAGUCGUAUGACGUGAGCGAGAUGUCGUCGUCAUCGCAAGCACCCGAAUCUUGGAUCACAUCCUUUUGCUCGCUUCUCGGUCAUGAAUAUUUUGCUGAAGUCUCAGAGGACUUUAUCGAAGAUGACUUCAAUCUAACAGGGCUUCAGUCGCACGUCCACAUGUACAAGGAAGCGUUGGAGAUGAUUCUGGACGUGGAGCCCGAAGAAGACGAAGAGGACGAGGACGAGGACGAAGAAGAGGAAGAAGAUGAGGCUCUCGGCGACGAGGGACGCUUGGGAUACCGCCGCGCUGGUGACAGACGGCACAUGCGAAUGGCGAGCGAUCUCAGCGUCAUCGAGAGCUCAGCCGAGCUUCUCUACGGUCUCAUUCACCAACGCUACAUCACCUCCCGGCCCGGUAUACAACAAAUGGCAGAAAAGUACGAACUUCAACAUUUUGGAGUUUGCCCGCGUGUGCACUGCAACGGAUGUCGUGUCCUGCCCGUCGGCUGUAGCGACACGCCAGGUCAGGAUACUGUAAAGCUCUUUUGCCCGAGCUGUCUCGACGUGUACACGCCACCCAACAGCCGGUUCCAGUCGCUCGACGGUGCGUUUUUCGGUACCACCUUUGGAUGUCUCUUCUUUAUGACGUUCCCUGAACUCGACGUUGGCCGUGGCGGCGACAGCUUUCUCACCGCCACCACUGGCGGCACAGGAUCAGCCACUAACGCUGACCGUGCCACGCGCAGCGGCGCUUCCUCAUCAAGUGCGAAUCAGCUACAGCACGGUCAACCAACUACAAUCAAUGGUGUGAUUUCAAGCAAUCUCGCACCGGGACUGGGUCAAGGAAAGAUUUACGAACCCCGUAUCUACGGCUUCAAAGUGUCAGAACGGGCUCGCUCCGGACCUCGCAUGAAAUGGUUGCGUAUGCGGCCGGACGAUAUCACCGAAUUGGAUGAGCAAAGACGAUUUCACGAAAUGCAGCAGCAGGCUGCGCAUGACGAUGGCGAUGAUGAGGCAGAGGUUGAUGUGUCCAUGUCUUCCAACCAGCCUGGCGAUAAUGCAGCAGAUGCGAUUGCGAGAAGGAAGAAGGCGCCCAUACGGAGACGGAGACAAGGCGCGGGCUCCGGCGUUGGCGUGGCCGUCGGUGGCGGCAGUCCGAUGGAUACGAAUGGUGCAGCAGGAUGAAUCAAUCAUGGGGUUUAAAGUAUCAUGAAUCAUUGUAUCCGAGGACAACUUACGGAUGAGAAACAUCAAAAACAAUCAAAAGGGCAUUCUGUAUGGAGGACGCGAGAGCACGAGCAUGAGCACGCGACGCGCGAGCAUUCGGUUUC